UGACUCACUCAGCCGCGCGGAGGCUGGGAGAGCUCCGCGGUGUCUGUGGCGAACACGUCUUUAUCAACCAUUGAAUGAAACAACUAACUAAAGGACUAACUUCUGAAACAAGCAGCGUGUUUCUAACCUGAAACGACAUGAACUCCAUACGCCAAAGUGUCGUGAUGGAGCGACUUGUGAACGAGCUGGGCUCUCUGCUGAAGAUGCUGGACCACGAGACGGUCAGUCCUGCCACUUCUGAAAAGAUGGCCUCCAUACGUAACAUCCUGGACUCACUGCAGCUGUCAGUCAAUGGAUCAGACGUCUACAUGAACAGCUGUCUCUAUGGCAACGGGACCAGUUUUGUCGAGUCUCUGUUUGAGGAUUUUGACUGUGAUUUGCACAUGCUCAGUGCAUCUCCUGUGGAGCAGAAAGAGCACAAAGAGGAAGAGGAGGAGACCCAUCUGAAUAAAUCUACUCCGACAGACACGCCCCCUCCACUGCCGACCACCCCCCUCCCUGAUGACUACUAUGAAGAGGCUGUUCCUCUCGAUCCUGGAUCCACACCUCAGUAUUUUACCACCAACAUGAACACAUCCAGAAACUCUGUGGAGGAUGCCUACUAUGAAGAUGCAGACAAUAACUAUCCCCUCACCCAGAUUAAUGGACCUCCAAAAAACUCCUACAAUGACUCUGAUGCUCUGAGCAGCUCCUACGAGUCUUAUGAAGAAGAGGACGAUGAGGCCAAAGGGCGGGACCAGAGGGAGGAGAGCUCAGAUGUGCCAGUUAGAGACUGUCGCAUCUGUGCCUUUCUGUUACGAAAGAAACGCUUUGGCCAGUGGGCUAAACAGCUAGUUGUUGUCCGAGACAAUAAACUGCAGUGCUACAAGAGCAUCAAAGAGAGCACUCCUCAAACAGAGCUCCCGCUGAGUCUGUGCAAUGUCAUCUACGUCCCGAAGGAGGGGCGGAAAAAGAGACACGAGUUACGCUUCUCGUUGCCUGGGGGUGAAGCUCUGGUCCUGGCGGUUCAGAGUAAAGAGCAGGCCCAGCGAUGGCUCAAGGUGGUGCAAGAUGUCAGCAGCCAAAGUAGCUACACUGAUGGACUGGAGGGGUCCACCUCUCCGAUUAUACAGAGGAAGUUGGAGCUUGACAAGAUUCUGCACUGUGAAAGGCAGGCGUCGGACUCGGACAGCGGGCCAACAGCAGAAAACCAGUUCACUGCACAGGGACCAGGGCGGGACUCCACUGACUCACUCA